CAGCACAGCUGGCGGCGGUGCUUUUGGAGCUGCAGGACGACGUGGUGGCCGCCAGUCGCUGCGGCGACACUUCCGGUGCGGCGGCAGCGGCCCGGAAGUAUGGCAGCUGCCUUUCAGCCUGCUGCAGCCUUGUGCUACAGUUGACGAUGGCACUGGGUGGCGUGGAGUGCUACGGUGCCGCCUUCGGAGCCGACGCUUCCGCAGCGGUGACGGAUUGGCUUGAGGAGGAGGGGGCCUUUUGGGCGGCAGUGACCUCAUGCGCGGGGCACGUUGUGGGUCCUGGGCGGGAGCAGCUAGGACUACAGGCAGCGGCAACGGCGCUGGCGGCGCAGGCGCCUGCGCUGGACGCUGUGGGGCUGGACGCGGUUGGUGCGCUGCUGGCGGUGGCACUGACCCCUGAGUCCGGCAGCUGCGUGCUGCAGUCGGUGGCCUACCGGCUGCUGCUACUAGAGCCCUCGAUGCUGAACCAGGUGACUCUGGCGGGCGCCGUUGGGCUGACUGAAGCCGCAACUGGCAGCGGCGGCGUCGGUGGCGAGGAGGUGGACCUGCCUGAGUACGUCGGCGAUGACGUGGCCUACCUUGUCGCGGGCGGUGUACGGCCGGAGAUGGCUACUUGGUUGUUGCCACCAGAGGCCAGCAGCAGUGAUAGUGGCAACGGAGGCAGCAACAUCCAUGUCGGCCGUGCCCGCGUGCACCUGACGGCCUGGGCGCUGCUGCUGGCACAUGCCUUAGAACUGGAGCGAGGCACUCGAGCGCUGGCCGUGUUGCGGCAGCUGCUACGGGAGGCGGGGCACCUGGUACACAGCCUGCUGGGGCGGCUGCUGCUGCCGGAGCUGGGGCUGCAGAAGCGGCAGCGGCAACAGCAGCGGCUGGCGGCGGGCGCUACAGGGGGUGGGGUGGGCGGGGCUGCAUCCUGGGCGCCUGGGUCUGGAGCGGUGGUGCCUGCAGGUGCGGACGGCUGGCGGCUGGCGGAAACCCUGUGGGAGGUAGGGUCACCGCUGGCACACCAACAUGCCGUGCGGGCCACAUGCCGGGCGCUGUAUCGGGCCGUGCUGCGGGCGCUGCCGGCGACCGCGCGCGGAUGGUUCAGCGACCUGCGGGACCGGGGGCUGGCGGCGGCGGUGGAGGGGUACACGGCGGCGGCGGAGGGGCCGGCGCUGCUGGCGGCGGAGUUGGAGUCGGUGCAGGCCCUGAGUCGACGUGCUGCCGCGGGUGGCGAUGGCGACUUCUCGGUGCGCGCCUCCGCGGCCUCCCGCGAAGUGGUUGCGGUGAUGAAGGUGGAGGACGGGGCGGUGCUGGAGCUUGCGAUGCGGCUGCCCGCCUGCCUGCCGCUCAGGGCACCAGAGGUGGAGUGCCGCCGCAAGGUGGGGCAGCAGUUCUGGGGCGCUGUUCAAACGACCCUUAGGUGGGUGUGAGUGAGACCCGGCUGCGCAAGUGGCUGCUCUCCAUCGCCACUUUCCUGCGCCACCAGAAUGGUUCCGUAGCGGACGCCAUCGAGCUAUGGAAGCGCAACGUGGACAGCGAGUUUGCGGGCGUAGAGGCGUGUCUCAUCUGCUAUUCGGUCAUCUCCUCCGUCAACGGCCAGCUGCCGCGCCUGGUCUGCCGUACAUGCAAUGUGCGCUUCCACCCCGCCUGCCUUUACAAGUGGUUUAAGAGUGCGGGCAAGAGCCAGUGCCCGCAUUGUCAGGCGCUGUGGUAGGCUUUGCUACGGGUGGUGGGCUGGUGGCGAUGCUUGGAUUUUGGGGGUGUUUAGAUGGGUGGUGUGAUGGGAAGAGUUGGAGGAGCAAGAGCACCAUAGAGAAGUACGUUCACUGCGAGUAACUGCUGGAGUGGUCACAGAUUUGAGUUAGCGGAAUGAUCUGUAUACUGAUGUUAGCGCAUGAAGUGCAGUCUUAACACUAACAGUCUUUCUUCUGUGAAAGACUGUUCAUUCGGACAAGUCGCCGGGGCAAUAUUGUAGUGACAUCGGAGGCCGACGUCGUACCGGAGCUGGAGCUAGAGUAAGCAGCGUAGGAACGGCUCUAAUAGGGGGGGUUCGUGACCGUAAAUCCCCCCGUAACGAAGUGAAGGGGAGG